UUAUUUGUCAGAUUAGUAUCCAGUUUUACAUCAUCACUUUUGUGUGCUCGCAUACCUGGCCUGACGCCCCAACAGCGGCAGCUAUGCUCUGAAUCACCGGAUGCAUUUAUUGCAUUGGGCGAGGGUCAUCAAUUGGGUGCCCAUGAAUGCCAAUAUCAAUUUCGGGGGCAUCGUUGGAAUUGUUCGGAGGUGUGGAAGAAAGAUGUCUUUGGACAUGUUAUGUUUGUUGGAUCUCGUGAGGCUGCCUUCACCUAUGCCAUUGCAAGUGCGGGAGCAGCUCAUGCUGUGACGGCGGCAUGUGCCCGUGGUAAUAUCACACUGUGCGGCUGUGAUAUGCGGCAUAAGGCCACAUCAACGCGGCGUGGUAUUCAGGCGGAGUUUGAGAGCGGAAUUGGCGGUGGUCAACAGCCCUGGAAAUGGGGUGGCUGUUCGGCGGACAUCGAAUUUGGCAUGAAAUUUGCCCGUAAAUUCUUAGAUGCCCGAGAAAUUGAGGGUGAUGCAAGAAGUCUUAUGAAUUUGCACAAUAAUCGAGCCGGACGGAGGCUUGUCAAAAAUCUCCUGAAAACCGAUUGCAAAUGUCAUGGAGUCAGUGGGUCUUGUGUCAUGAAGACCUGUUGGAAGAGUUUACCCUCGUUUCGUGUGGUGGGCGAUGUACUAAUGAAGAAAUACAAUAAAGCCAAAAUUGUUCAAGCCGCCAAAGGCAAAAAUGGACUGAAACUAGUUUUAAGCAAAAAAAAUCGUGCCGGCAAGGUGAUGAACUAUCCCAAACGCAUGGAUUUGGUCUAUCUGCAAACAUCGCCAAAUUACUGCGAACGCAAUGUGCAGGAGGGCGUUUUGGGCACUCAGGGCCGUGUCUGCAAUCGCACCUUGCAUGGUUUCCAAAGCUGUGAUCUGCUCUGCUGUGAGCGUGGCUAUAAUACCCAACAAAUACGACGCACCACCCAGUGUCGCUGUCAGUUUAAAUGGUGCUGUCAGGUGCAAUGUGAUGUCUGUGAGGAGAACUAUGAAGAGUUUACUUGUAAAUAAUAUUUAA